UUAUCACAUGCUGUGAGCAAAUACAGUGCUGCUGAGCUCAGAUCUUUCUUUCUGUCCAGCACAGCCGUCUGAACACCAGCAUGUCAGGCCUUAAUGCUUCGCUGGGCUACUUUUUAGCAAUAGUCGGCGUGAGCGCAGUCGGGCGGGUGCUGUUCGCGCGCUGGGCAUUCCUGACGGAGUUUAUCGCGGCUUUUGCGCUCGCCGCCUGCAGACUGGAGGUGGACACCAUCGCGGAGGUCGGCCAGUGGGCCGGCGCUCUUGGGCCUGACGUCGCUGUCACUAUGCUCUUCAUAUCCCUCGCUGUCCAUGGCGUCGUCAUGCAGGGCGUGAGCGGGAACCCGUCGGUGACGCUGAUGGGGCUCCUGCAGAAGGAUGUGGGCGCCGUGUCGCUCGUCCUCAGCGUGGCGGCGCAGUUACUCGGUGCGUACGUGGCACUCCUGGUCGCCGGUAAGUACUGGCAGAUGGAGCUGACCGACAUGCACAUGAUCAAGAACCUGAUGAUGUCCGAGUGCAGCACGUCGCUGCAGGUCUCGCCGCUGCAGGGAGUCUUCGCCGAAGCCCUCGGAGCGCUCACCUUUCACCUGAUUUACCUCGUCCUGAAGAACAGGUCGCAGCUGCUGCAGAUUCCCAUAUUCACAGUGUUGCUGACGUUCAUCGCUUAUGCAGGAAAUAACUACACUUCUGGAUAUGUGAAUCCAUCCCUGGCUUAUGCCAUGACAUUCACCUGUCCAGGACACACUUUCCUAGUGUAUUCUCUCGUCUACUGGCUCGGGCCUCUGAUUGGCAUGACUCUUGCGCUCUUCCUGUAUUUGGGAAACAUCCCACUGCUGUUCAGCAGGAAUCUGCUUUACUCCAAGAAGGGACGUUUCCGGGUUCCCAAAGGGAAAACCUCUGAAGACAAGAGCAGCUGAGGAGACAUAAAAACACAGCACUGAUGUGGUCACUUCAUAUACCAUAUUUUAUAGUCUCAAAACAUAUUAUGGUUGAACUUUAAAUCUGGUACAACAUCUCUGGUUACAUUUCUGUUCAUCUGGUUUGAGGUCUGCAACCAGUUUGAGCAAACCCCUCAUCUUUUGUGAAAUUUAUACUAACAUCUACACUGAAGAAAAAAAAAAAAAAAAUACAAUUUUUUUUUUAAAGCAAACAAUUUAUUUUAGCUACAUUUAAAAAAAAUAAUUAAAAAAAUGAAAGUUAGUCAACUAAAUUUGUUUAUUUAAAUGUAGCUAAAAUAAAUGUAUUGAAUUUUAGUAAAUUCAAUGAAUUUUUUUUUUUCAGUGUAGGAGCCAAAGAACAUUUUAUUAAAUAUAUAGUAAAAAUAUAAAAAAAUAUAUUUCAUAAGGGGGAAUAGGAAUAAUCAUACAAAAGUACAAAAUUGUGAUGCUGUGUCUGUAAAUGGCACUUUGAUAAACUAUUCAAAGUAUGCCACAAUGCAAUUAAAUAUUCUGUUAUA